ACUUGUCCCUAUAAUAUAAAUUAUAGUCUAUAGAAUUACAUCCUGUAUUCCUAGAUACAGGAAAUAAAAAGUUCGAAAGGUUGGGAAAAUGCUACCAUGUAUAAAUGAGUUAUAAAUCUAAUGGCAAUCGACCAAGACACUAAUAUGCUGAAAGUCGCAACAUCUGGUACUGUUGUUGGUACGGGACUAAUAACCUUUGGACGUCUGGACAAACGCACAUUUGUCAGCGCUCUUCUAGGUGCUGCUUUAGGAUUUGGCCUUAGUAUCACAUUUUAUGGUCUUUGGAACGCCUUAGUAAAAUCUUUGAAUCGAAACAAACAAAGUGAACAGUUUCGUCAGAUGACUGAACAAUUAACAAGUAUUAAAGCGGAAUUAUUGGUCCUGCGUAAUGAAAUAUAUAAUUCAAACUUGAAGGCUUUGAAUAACAGACAUGAUCCUGAACUCAAAUAGAUUAUAUUACCAUUAGCUACCAGUAGCUUGGAUGUAUACGGGACUUCUGCUCCUGCUCGAACAUAUGUCUGAUUCCCGAUCCUGGUUUAUCGUGCGGUUCGGUGGCGAUCACGAAUGUCGUCCUCAAAACGUUAACGUUGAAACUCUGCCGUAUUUCAUGUUUGAUGAUGAUACUGACUCAAUGGAUGAUUAUGAGAAGUUUUUAGACGUUGAGAACGAUGAUGAUGACUUCAACUCUGCAUCGUUUAAGUCCGCAAAAUCUCCAACUGAAGUUUUAUCCUCAGUGAAUUCUUUUCACAGUGUGAACAGUCAUUUGUCAAAUGAUUAUUCUUACUGGGACAUGACAGUACGUGUUCCAGCAAACAUCUUGGAGGAAAUAGAUAAAUUAGCGGAUUAUGCCCUUGGUGAACAUUCGUCAAGCGAAUUACAAAUCAAUCCUAGUGGAGACAGUACUACUCCAGGAAUGCAAGCUUAUGCAAGGUGCUUAGUUUAUAGGCACAAGUAUCGCUUUUGUCCAGAAUUCUUGUGGCGAUUAGCGCGUGCCACCUACAUAGCCAGUGAGGAAGCACCAUCAGAUGAAGUUAUACAAGAAACUGAUAUGUUAAAAAAUAAGCCAGCUUCUGAAAGCUCGCACAGUUCCCGUAACUUAAAUGAUAUUGCAUGUGAAGUACAAAGUCGAAAACAAUUCAUUGAAUCUGGAAUAAAAUGUGCACGUCGAGCAUUGAAUAUAAUUCAGAAAUCAAAUCUAUCGCUUUUAGAUGAUGAUCCAAUUAAAUUAGCUCCAAUAUAUAAAUGGUUGGCUAUUUUAGUCGGUGUGUAUUCUUCCUAUGUCAGUGCUCAACAAAGAAUACAAUAUGGCUAUGAGUUUAAGGAGCUAAUCGACACUGCUAUCAAACUUGAUGCCUCAGAUGCAUUAUCCUAUUAUCUACAAGGUCGUUGGUGCUACGAGGUCUAUAAUCUUUCAUGGAUUGAACGCCAAAUCGCAUCUAAGUUAUUUUCAAAGCCUCCAACGUCCACUAUUGAAGCAGCGAAUACAGCAUUUGAAAAUGCUGAAAAGCUACGACCAAAUCACUACGCCGCGCUCUACUUGUACCGAGCUAAAUGCUCCAUAUGUACUUCAGAUUACAAGACUGCAUUGCAUUACCUAGACAUAGCUCGAAACUUAUUUGCUCGGCAUAGGCAUCCUAUGCCACAUACAGAUACUGGUUCAAUACGAGAGCAAGUUGAUCAACUGUAUAAUAAAUACUGUAGAUACCUGUGA